AGGGGAGGCGUGCGGGGCGCGCCGUGAGCUUGCGCGGGUUCAGCUAGCACCGCCCGCGAUGCCCCGGGACCGCGCUCCUCCUGAAAGUGCCCUCCGGGCGGUAGCCGGGGCCGCGGAGCCUAGCCCUGGCGCCUCGGGCGCCGGCGCGCUGCAGGUUUCGGACCCGCUGAAGCGCUUUGUGUUAUUCUUGGAAAAUUUCGCACCACUUGUGAAUUCCUUGAACCUGGGCAUUGCAAAUCCACUUCUUUUGGGCCCAUCUCCUUUGCACUUUGCUCAGAUUAAGACUCAGUUGGCUCUUCAGCAGCUGAAUGCCGUUGCCUCACAUGGUUCAGUACCACCUUACACUUUAUUAAAUCAGGCUUUCUUGAAAAUAGCCAUGUCGAGACCCAGGUUUAAUCCUCGAGGAAACUUUCCACUUCCAAGGCCACGAGCACCCAACCCUUCUGGGAUGAGGCCUCCAGGACCAUUUAUGAGGCCUGGAUCUAUGGGUCUUCCAAGAUUUUACCCAGCAGGGAGAGCCCGUGGAAUUCCACACAGAUUUGUUACUCACGAAUCUUAUCAGAACAUGGGACCACAGAGAAUGAAUGUUCAGGUAACUCAGCACCGAACUGAUCCAAGAUUGACCAAAGAAAAAUUGGAUUUUCAUGAAGCACAGCAAAAGAAGGGGAAGCCUCAUGGUAGCCGGUGGGAUGAUGAGCCUCAUAUAUCUGCAUCUGUAGGAGUGAAACAGAGUUCUGUAACACAGGUUACAGAGCAGAGUCCCAAGGUACAGAGCCGUUAUACAAAAGAGAGUGCCUCAAGUAUCUUAGCAAGUUUUGGAUUAUCUAAUGAAGAUCUAGAAGAACUUAGUCGUUAUCCUGAUGAACAGCUAACUCCUGAAAAUAUGCCAUUAAUUUUGAGGGAUAUAAGAAUGCGAAAAAUGGGGCGCCGAUUACCUAAUUUACCCUCUCAAAGUAGAAAUAAAGAAACACUUGGUAGUGAAACAGUUUCAAGUAAUGUGAUUGAUUAUGGGCAUGCAAGCAAAUAUGGCUACACGGAAGAUCCACUUGAAGUGCGUAUUUAUGAUCCUGAAAUUCCAACUGAUGAGGUCAAGAAUGAAUUUCAAUCACAGCAGAACCUUUCUGCAUCUGUUCCCACUCCAAAUGUAAUAUGUAAUUCUAUGUUUCCUGUUGAAGAUGUGUUUCGCCAGAUGGACUUCCCUGGUGAGUCCUCCAGUAAUCAGUCUUUUUUCCCAGUUGAGAGUGGAACCAAGAUGUCAGGCUUACACAUUUCAGGAGGACAGUCAGUACUUGAACCUGUAAAAUCCAUCAGUCAAUCCAUUAGCCAAACAGUUAGCCAGACAAUGAGUCAGUCUCUGAUUCCUCCUUCUGUGAACCAGCAGCCUUUCUCAUCUGAAUUAAUUUCAGCUGUGAACCAGCGAGAGCGGAUUCCACAUAAACCUGUGAUGAGUUCAUCUAAUGUACAUGUUGGCUCAAGAGGAAGUAAGAAGAGUUACCAGUCGGAGGCUGAUCUUCCCAUUCAGUCUCCAUUUGGGAUUGUGAAAGCGUCUUGGUUACCAAAGUUUUCACAUGCUGAUGCCCAGAAGAUGAAAAGACUUCCAACUCCUUCUAUGAUGAAUGAUUAUUAUGCAGCAUCUCCAAGAAUAUUUCCACAUUUGUGUUCUCUGUGUAACGUAGAAUGUAGUCAUUUGAAGGAUUGGAUUCAGCAUCAGAAUACAUCUACUCAUAUUGAGAGCUGUCGACAACUACGUCAACAGUAUCCUGAUUGGAAUCCUGAAAUCCUUCCAUCAAGAAGAAAAGAAGAUGAAACUCCAAGAAGGCGAUCUCAUUCACCCAGUCCCAGACGAUCUAGAAGAUCAAGCUCAAGUCAUAGGUUCCGUCGGUCUCGAAGCCCAAUGCGUUACAUGUACCGACCAAGAAGUCGAAGUCCAAGAAUUUUCCAUCAUUUUGUUUCUAGAUACAGAUCACGAUCUAGAUCCCGUUCACCAUAUAGAAUUAGAAAUCCAUUUAGAGGUAGUCCAAAGUACUAUCGAUCCGUUAGCCCUGAAAGGACAUCACGGAGAUCAGUGAGAUCAUCAGACAGAAAAAAAGCGUUAGAAGAUGUAGGACAAAGAUCUGGACAUGGAACCGAAUCUGGUAAACAGAAGCAUCCAGAAGCAGUGGAUAAAGGACAUUCACCAGCACAAAAGUCCAAAACUGGCAGUGGAACAAAGCCAUCAGUGAAAGCUGCAAGCUCUGCAAAGAGUGAUUCUAAUUUAGGAGGGCAUUCUACUCGAAAACUGAAGAAUCCGGAUGAUGACACCUCACCUGAAUGUAAACAGGUGUCUGACAAAACUGUUUCUGUCCAGCGAAAGGUCCGGAAAGAGCAGUCUUUGCAUUAUGGUUCAGUUCUUCUUGUGUCUGAGUUACCAGAGGAUGGCUGUACUGAAGAAGAUAUUAGAAAAGUAUUUCAACCAUUUGGGAAAGUUAAUGAUAUUCUGGUUGUUCCAUAUAGAAAGGAGGCUUAUUUGGAAAUGGAAUCUAAAGAGGCCGUUACUGCAGUAAUGAAGUACAUUGAAACAACACCUCUUCUGAUAAAAGGAAAAGAUGUGAAAAUACGUAUUCCACCAGGAAAGAAAAAAGUACAGAACAAAGAAGUGAAGAAAAAGACUUUGGAUUCCAAGAAAGUGUCUGGAUCCACAUUAAAAAAAGAUGCAGACUCUUCAAAAACUGCUGAAACUGUUACAUUUACUGCCAAAACUGGACAAGGCAGGACAUCUGCAUCAAAAGUAAUCAAAUCUGCAGGGAAAUCAGCAAGUUCUGUAAAAUCUGUGGUAACAGUAGCUGCUAAAGGUAAAGCAUCAGUCAAAACAGCAAAAUCUACCGGAAAGAAGUCCCUCGAAGCAAAAAAGGCUGGGAAUAUCAAAAGUAAAGAUUCCAAUAAACCUGUGACUGUACCAGAAACCUCAGAAACACUGACUGACGUGGAGGCCAAAGUCACAGAAAACUCCGCUAAACAAUUUGUUUCAGCUGCUUUGGAUGCCACAGAGAAUGAACCAGUUAACAAGGUCAAGGAAAUGUGUGUGGUACUUAUUUCGAAUUUGCCUAAUAAAGGAUAUUCUGUAGAAGAAAUUCGUAACUUGGCAAAACCCUUUGGUGGUUUAAAGGAUAUUUUGAUUUUAUCAUCUCAUAAAAAGGCAUAUAUAGAAAUAAGUAGAAAAGCUGCAGACUCUAUGGUAAAGUUUUAUACCUGUUUCCCAAUAUCCAUGGAUGGAAAUCAACUCUUAAUAAGUGUGGCUCCUGAAAACAUCAAUAUAAAAGAUGAGGAAGCUGUAUUUACAACCUUAAUUAAAGAAAAUGACCCAAAUGCAAAUAUUGAUGAAAUUUACAGUACACUUGUACAUCUUGAGAAUUUACCAGAAGAUGGACUUCAGUGUGUACUUUGUAUUGGACUUCAGUUUGGAAAAGUAGAUCACCAUGUAUUCAUGAAUAAUAAAAAUAAGGCAAUUCUUCAGUUAGAUAGUCCUGAGUCUGCUCAAUCAAUGUACAGCUUUCUGAAAGAUAAUCCACAGAAUCUAGGGGACCAUGUGUUAACCUGCACAUUAUCUCCAAAAAUAGACUCAACAGAGCCUCAAACUGAGAAUGACCAAGGACUAGGAAAAGAAAGCCCUGAUUUGAGAAACAGUCCAGUUAAUGAAACUGAGGUACAGACAGCGACUGAUUUCAACUCAGUUCAGCCUAAUGAGGUUGAUGAAGAAAACACUCUUAGGAAACAAGCAGAAACUUUGGUACAGCAAGAAGAGCCUUACGAGGAAGAUCCUGGAAAAGCACUCUGUGAUUUUGACUUUUCUCUUAAGACAUUGGAAGAUGAAAAUCAAGAAGAGGAGAUCAAAGUAGAAAUUCCUCUUUUCACACCCACUCCUACUAGUAUUGCACUGCUAACUGAAAAUUUAGAGAAGUCUGCUUUAAAUAAGCAGGUCUCUUCCAGCGACUCUGAGAAAGACCAGGUGGAAAUUAAUGCUGAAACAGAAUUAUCAGCAUGUGACAGUGCAUUUAUGGAAGAAAGGAACAUCAAAGACAUUUUAGAAGAAUCUCCAUCUGAAGCAGAUUUCUUUUCGGGAGUUACACAAUCUGUCGUAGAAACUGUAGCUGAAGUGGACAAACAAACAGUUUCAGAAAUAAUGCCAGCUGCUUGUGUUGUGACUUUAGUACCAAGAGUUUCCUCUGGUGAUGAGAAGGCAGUGAGUAAAAAGGGUAAUUCUGAAGAAACUAACACUGAUGAGAAUGAAAACACUGACCUUACUACCAAGGAAACCAGAAUAGAUCUACAAGCAGGAACAGAAGAGGCUGAAAAGAAUGACAUUAAGAUGGUUGCAGAAAAAUUGGAAAAGAUUAUGGCAGCCGUGACAGAGAAACCUGCAGAAAUCACUCUAGUUAAGGCAUACCCAAAUAAAGCAUUGGGACAGACCAAUAAGCCUGAUGAAACUAGUAAAACUAGUGUGUUGGCUGUAUCACAAGUACCCAGCAGUAAAUCAGGCAUCAAGGCUACAAUGAUUUCUACUCCUAAGGCAAAAGCUGCUUCCAAAACUGAAAAUCAGAAGAGUUUUUUUAAAUCUGUGCUCAGAGAUCAAGUAAAUUCUGAAAAGAAACUUGGAUUCAAGGAAUUUGGUCUGUUGAAACCUACAAGUGCCUGGUCAGGCUUGGCAGAAAGCAGCAGUAAAUUCAAACCUAUUCAAAGUGGCAUUAUCAGAGGCGCCAGUGGAAGGAUCACAGCUUUGCAAGGCAAAGAUUCUAAACAGUCUCAGGAAGCAGAGGCUAGAUCUUCCGGCAUGAAAUGGGAUAACUGCAACAAUAAGGAACCAUUAUUUUCAUUUAAUUUGGAUGAAUAUGUGACUGUGGAUGAGGUUAUAGAAGAAGUGAAUCCUCAAGCCAAACAAAAUCCAUUAAAAGGAAAAAAGAAGGAAACUCUUAAAAAUGUUCCUGAUCUUAACUUGAAGAAGAAGAAGGGAAAGACUGCUGGCCCUCAUGGUGUCGAGGGAGAAUUAUCCUUUGUAACAUUGGAUGAGAUUGGGGAAGAGGAAGAUGCAAGUGCACAUCUUGCACAAGCUCUCGUCACUGUAGAUGAAGUAAUUGAUGAAGAAGAAUUAAACAUGGAAGAAAUGGUAAAAAAUUCGAAUUCACUUCUUACAUUAGAUGAAUUAAUUGACCAAGAUGAUUGCAUUUCCCAUAGUGAGCCUAAAGAUGUUACUGUUCUGUCAAUGGCUGAAGAACAGGAUCUGCUCAAACAGGAACGCUUGGUAACUGUGGAUGAAAUUGGAGAAGUGGAAGAACUACCUUUAAAUGAGUCGACAAACCUAACUUUCGCUACUUUAAAUACUAAAGGAGAUGAAGCGAGUAAUGUAAGGGAGUCCAUGGGGUUCAUUUCUUCACAGAUGCCUGAAGACCCUUCUGCUCUGGUUACUGUAGAUGAAAUACAGGACGAUAGCAGUGACUUACAUUUAGUGACUUUGGAUGAAGUAACUGAAGAGGAUGAGGACUCACUUGCUGAUUUUAACAACCUUAAAGAAGAGCUUAAUUUUGUUACUGUUGAUGAAGUUGGAGAGGAGGAAGAUGGAGAUGGUGAUUUAAAAGUAGAGUUAGCACAAAGCAAAAGUGACUGUCCCACAGAUAAAAGGGGAGAUGGAAAGAGAAGAGCUGUGGACACAAAGAAGACAAAACUUGAAGCCUUGUCCGCAGUGGAUGCAGCAAAUGAAAAUGUCAUGGAAGAAGAUCUGAAAGUGAUGAUUGAAAGACACCUAGCAGCUAAGGCACCAACCAAAAGAACCAGAAUUGUGAAAGCACCAUCAUCAGACAAAGCUGCUGGGGUGGACGCAGGCACAGUUGAAGAGGCCUUUCAAAUUGAUGGAGUUGAUGAAGAAUCUGAAUUAAAGGAUUUGGAACCAGAGGAAAAACGCAAGAAAAUUGAAGACUCUUUAGGCAGAUCAGUGGCAUCUGAUAUCCCUGAAGAUUUAGACUUCCUUGUACCGAAGGCUGGAUUCUUCUGUCCAAUUUGUUCGCUUUUCUACUCAGGUGAAAAGGCAAUGACAAAUCAUUGCAAGAGCACACGUCAUAAACUAAAUACAGAGAAAUUCAUGGCCAAGCAAAGAAAAGAAAAGGAGCAGAGUGAGGCUGAAGAAAGAAGCUCUAGGUGAUGGGGGCAGAAAAGGGAAAAAAUCUGUUAGAAAUUUGUUUAGGGUCCAGUUGAUUUGUGUAUUUUUGUUAUCACUUAAUUUGUAAUUUUUGUUUAAGAAGCGAAUAUUCAUGUUGUACAAAUUUCUGAUUACGCUUAAUGUAGAGACUGAUGGGGAAAGUAUGAUGGGUUUGAUUUUUAUAUCAAAUCAUCAGGCAUGGAGAAAUAUCUUUUAGAAGUGUUAAAAUAAAUGUUCCUACUGUAUAUUUAAAAUAAGUCUUGUGGCUGAUUUAUUGAGGACUUACUUGACUGAUUGUAGACAAGAUUCUUCUUUAACCUCUGUAAUUUGGGUUCUGUAGGGAUUCUUCGUGUAUUGCUGAAAAUCAAAGCAGACAGUGUUAUAAUCUGCUCUAACUGGGUGCAGGUCAAAUUUCCUAAAGCUCACGUUUUAACAUUAGGACGCCUCAUAUUUGACCGUAAGUUUCAGUAAAGCGUUGUUUGAUGAUUUUCAAGAAGAAAACUUUUCUGUUCCUGAUAACAUCUCUUGUUUCUGCCAGGAUCUUUUAAAAAUAGAAUCUAAGGGUGCAUUUACAGAGCACCCUUAACUUCCUCUGGACCAUCCCCUGUUGUUUUUUAAACCAUUAGAAUCACUACAUAAUAUGUAAGAAGUUGUAAAGGUACAAAAGAGUGAUUCAGUGAGUUAUUAGGAAGACAUGGCCCAGUGGGGCUGUACUAUAGAUGAAAGUCUGUUGGUUUUUAA